UUUCAUACUUAAAGCUAUACGAAAAAUUGAACUAUAGCAUUACUCUUCCCCCGAUUACACUCGUUGUGGGUCUUUUCUCGCCGCCGGCAGAAAUGAAGGGUUUUAUAUGGGCUACGGCAGAAGACAUGGCAAAAAACCGUGGGCGUGUUCUGUCCUUGUAUCGGGAGCUAUUGCGAAGCCUCAACUCUCCCAAACUGGAACUGAGUUUAGCAGCAAGGCUUUCGAAGAAGGCGGGGGCUCGUGCCAUUUUCAUGUUGGGGUCUGAAGAGCGAUCCAUUCACAACAUUGAAGACCUCAUUGACACUGCUGAGUACGCGCUUUCUCACUUGAAAGAGGUUAAAAUCCCCAAACAUAUUCAAUGA